AUGUUUAAGAUCCUCUGUUUGUUCGCCAUCGUGGUCGUGGUUGCUGCAGGAUAUGCCGAUCCGAAGACAUCCUCCAACCCAGCGGUUCCUCGACCGAUGGAACGGAUUGUUAAACGCGAAGCAUUAGAGCCCACCGAAGCCAAGGAGUCAGCUGUGGAGGAGAAGGAUGAUCUGGAAAGGGCAGAAACGUUUGGCCAUGGCUAUCACAAGGUGAUCCAUGUGUAUCCUAGAAUCUAUCCAGGAUAUCAUUAUGGUCAUGGUUAUCCCUACGCAUACGGCGGGUACGGAUACGGAGGUUAUGGCUAUGGAGGUUAUUACUAA